UACGUGGGGAAUCUGUCAAGAGAUGUCACUGAGGCCCUAAUUCUCCAGCUGUUCAGUCAGAUUGGGCCAUGCAAAAAUUGCAAAAUGAUAAUGGAUACAGCUGGAAAUGAUCCGUACUGUUUUGUGGAAUUCUAUGAGCAUCGUCACGCAGCCGCAGCUUUAGCGGCAAUGAAUGGGCGGAAGAUAAUGGGUAAGGAGGUCAAAGUGAACUGGGCAACAACCCCCAGCAGCCAGAAGAAAGAUACCAGCAGUAGUACCGUUGUCAACACACUGUGUUCACAAGACCACUUCCGCUUUGUUGGAGACCUCAGCCCAGAAAUUACAACUGAAGAUAUAAAAGGAGCUUUUGCACCAUUUGGAAGAAUGGAUGCCCGAGUUGUUAAGGACAUGACAACAGGAAAAUCAAAAGGAUAUGGCUUUGUUUCUUUUUUCAAUAAAUGGGAUGCAGAAAAUGCAAUUCAACAAAUGUGGGGACAGUGGCUUGGUGGAAGACAAAUCAGGACUAAUUGGGCAACACGCAAACCUCCAGCUCCAAAGAGUACAUAUGAAUCAAAUGUCAAAGAACUCUCCUACGAUGAUGUUGUAAAUCAGCCCAGUCCAAGCAACUGCACUGUGUAUCGCGGUGGCGUAACUUCAGGUCUGACAGAACCUAUGCGCCAGACAUUUUCUCCAUUUGGGCAGAUAAUGGAAAUUCGAGUCUUUCCAGAUAAAGGCUACUCCUUUGUACGGUUCAAUUCUCAUGCAAUUGUUUCAGUCAAUGACACCACAAUAGAAGAAGGGCAAGUUAUUAUUAAUAAAGCCCAACACAUGUAG